GUGGUCUUACUAGACCACGUGCUGUCAUGCCUGUUCUUUCUCCCUCUCUUUGCCCUUUGCUCACUAAAGAAGCUAUCCAUGAAUUAGAGGAGGCAGCUGGAAUAAGAACAGUGUUUGAUUUUGUCACUGGAGAAUCAGCAGACAUUGCUAACAAAAUAUCACUUUUAUCUCUUCAAGAUGUUCUUAGCAUCAGACGUUCUUUGCUCUCCAUAUAUUCGUCAUUCCCAGUAACAGCUGCCAACCUCUGGGAACAAAUGAAGACCAGCUCUGCCUUUCUCUCAACAGGGAUUCCUAGCAUCGACUCAUUACUAGGUGGGGGCGUAUUUACUGGUGAACUCACAGAAAUAUCAGGACAGUCGUCUGUAGGAAAAACACAACUAUGCCUUAAUGCUUCAGCUCAUACUAUUGUACAUACAAUGUCUACUGCAGUUUAUAUUGAUACUAAUGGGAGCUUCUCUUCUUUGAGGCUGAAGCAAUUCAUUCCUACAGAGGAAUAUCAACAGGAUGGGGAUAUUUUGAAGAAAUUGGUUGUAUUUCAGGUUUCCAACUUAUUUGAGCUUUUACAAUUGAUACAGGAUUUAAAGGAAAGCAUUAGGAAGCAGGCUAGUGAGUUUUAUAGUCAAUUGCACUUGAUUGUAAUAGACUCACUUGUAUCAUUACUAAUACCACUAAUGGGGAAUCAAUUAUUACCACAUCUUGUUCAAUUGAUCAGAGAUCUCCAAGGCUUAGCUCAUUCUCAGUCCAUUGCCAUACUGUACACCUCCAGUAAUGACCUUUUCUCUUUUUAUGGCCACAACUCAGCCAAGCCUCUUCUAUUAAAGGCACUGUCUUCUGCCCCUCAUGUGAAGUUAUCCCUUAGCACUAUUGGAGAUAAAAAGAUUGCUGUGCUAGAGAAGUCACAGAGACUGAGAUCUGGAUCAACUGUAAACUUGACAUAAGUAAAAAUAUGAUGCAAUUAUGUCUUAAAUAGCAUUAUCUUUUUAUAGCAAA